GAUCACCUGCACAUGGUGCAGGACCCCAAAGUAGGGCACUCUGCUCAAACUCACAUGACAGUUCAGUGUGGUGUGAUUUAUUAAUACAUCUUCUCUGUUGGAAAGUUUGAUAUUUUUCUAUGCAUUGACAUGAAGCCAGCAGUGGUUCUGCUGGGCCUCAUCCUCCUGCUGGGGACCGCCUUUGCUGCAGAAGAGUCCUGUUUGGGUCGCUGUGGCUCCUUCAACCCGCUGACCAAAUGCCAGUGUGACUCCAUGUGUGUGUAUUAUGGAAGCUGCUGUGGAGACUUUUAUACCAUCUGUCCCAAAAAAACAUCCCGAGGGGAUACCUUUGAAGAAGCAGAAGAUCUGACGGAAGCAGGGAUCCGUCUUAAUGAGUUCACAACGCCCCUCACACCGACAGGGAACACGGUUGCUCCCACAAGCCCUUCCUCUCCCAGCACGCAGCCCGACGCCACACACGGGCCCACGCCAGCAGCUGAACCUGACGCAGCACCCUGCAGCGGUCGACCUUUUGAUGCUUUCCUGCAGCUGAAGAAUGGAUCCAUCUACGCGUUUAGAGGUGAAUAUUUUUUUGAGUUAGACGAUAAGGCAAUACUUCCUGGUUACCCCAAGCUCAUCCAGGAUGUUUGGGGAAUCUCUGGGCCCAUCAGUGCUGCAUUCACGCGCAUCAACUGCCAGGGAAAAUCCUAUAUCUUUAAGGGGAGGCAGUACUGGAGGUUUGAUGGCGAUGUCUUGGAUGAGGACUAUCCACGGGACAUUUCUCUAGGUUUUGAGGGCAUACCUGAUGACAUUGGUGCUGCAUUUGCUGUCCCAGCACCAAGUCACAGUGGAAAGGAGAAAGCCUACUUUUUCAAAGGGGAUAAGUAUUAUCAAUAUGAGUUCAAGCACCAGCCAUCCCAUCAGGAGUGCGUCCAAAUGAGCAGGUCCUCCCCUUCUGUGCUGUUCACGCAAUACACGGACCUGUUUUGCGAUCAAACGCUGGAAGAUCUCUUCACAGAGCUCUUUGGAAGCUCCUUCACUCAUCACAACACUGGCCCUCGUUUCAUCAGCGCGGACUGGCACGGCAUCAGGUCUCCUGUAGACGCUGCCCUGGUAGGACGGGUCCACCUCAGUGUCAAGCCAACGCUGUCCCCCCCUCCACAGGCCAGGAGGAGGAGCAGUAAGAGGAGGAAGCCUAGUAAGAAACGUGUCCCCCAGCGGAGAAGGCAAUCCCGUCAUAUCUUUGAGGAUCUGUGGUUCUAUGACGAUUGGUUUGAUUAUGGCCUGGACUACAGCGACAUCACCGAUCACACCUCUAUGGACCAGGACAAGAGCACCCCUGUUCAAAAUGUCUACUUUUUCAAGAAAGAUAAGUACUACAGACUGGGUCUGCAGACGAAACGUGUGGACACCACCAAUCCUCCCUACCCACGAUCCAUUGCAAAAUAUUGGUUGGGCUGCAAACAUGAAGAGGCACCUGAUCCGUCCAAAGCAGAGAAGAAAUAGAUGAACAGAAACAAAUGAAAUCCCAUGAUUGCUUUAAACCCUUCUCUGACAGACCUUUAGAGUAUGAGAUUACCAAUAAUCAUGCCUGUUGUAUCUGUUGCUUGACCAUUUAGUUCAACGUAAAAUUAUGCUGUUAAUGACGUAUAGGUGGGUAUACUGAAAUGAUGUCUAAUUUAAUACAUUUUAGUUUUUCAGCAUUAAGUACUUUACUAUUCUUGUCCAACACAUACCAUGUUUUUUAUCUAAGCUAUACUCUAACUAUAAUUCUAAAAUACUCAUUGGAAUCCAGGUUUAUAAGCACACUCAGGCAUCUGCUAGCUAAUACAUUUUGCAUCUUCAAAGAAUAAACUAUUACUUCUCUGCAUUUUGAUGCUGUGCUGAGUUCCUCACCUGGCAGGCAGGUAGUUGAAACAACUGCUCCCCCUGCUGGACAAAAAUAAACACAUACCUAUCUUCUUUCUCCA